AUGGCUGAAGGUAAUAAUUCAUCUGCUGACUCUAUGAUUUCAUCAAACGAACAAAUCCUUAAUUUCUUAAAAGAAAGUGCAUCAACUAGGAGUAAGAAUUAUGAUUUGCAGCAAUUACGUCUCCAAAAUCAGGCUAAGAAAUUAGCCCUUAAAGAACGAGAACGGGAUGAUAAGAUAUUAUUAACAAAUUUAGACUCUGUUGAUACUGAUACACGUGAGUAUUUGAGAUUGGAAAAGGCGAAAAUCAUACAAAAAAGAACUAAUCAAGAGCAGCAACAACCUUCAUUUGAUCCGAAUACUUAUCAACCAUAUUUCGAUUAUUUUUGA